CGUUUCAGGGUCGGUCAAAGUUUAGUUGACGGUUCACUGGUUCUGACAGCCUCAAAGCUGCUGAAAACCUACACGUUUCUCCACAAUGACGGCACAAAAUAUAUCUCGAUUCUGGGAAUGGGGGAGGAAGAUCAUUUGUGUUGGCAGAAACUAUGCAGACCAUGCCAAAGAGCUGAAAAAUGCGAUUCCUACAGAGCCUAUCCUUUUUCUGAAGCCACCUUCUGCAUAUGUCAGAGAGGGCUCCUCCAUCCUGGUGCCCCGGUACUCCAACAACCUGCACCAUGAAGUGGAGUUAGGGGUGGUGAUCGGGAAAGGGGGCACGGCCAUCCCUGAGUCCGCUGCUAUGGAGCAUGUUGCAGGCUAUGCUCUGUGCUUGGACAUGACAGCCCGGGACGUCCAGGAUGUGUGUAAAUCCAAGGGUCUGCCGUGGACUCGGGCCAAAGCUUUCAACACCUCCUGUCCCGUCAGUGAGUUCAUCCCCAAAGAGCGCAUCCCUGACCCGGGGAACGUGACCCUGUGGCUGAAGGUGAACGACCAGCUCCGGCAGAACGGCUGCACCUCCCAGAUGAUUUUCUCCAUCCCUUAUCUCAUCAGCUACAUCAGCGAGUUCAUCACCCUGGAGGAGGGGGAUCUCAUCCUGACCGGGACCCCUAAAGGAGUGUCCGCCGUGCAGGAGCAUGAUCAGCUGCAGGCUGGGAUCCAGGACGUUGUCACCAUGAGCUUCAGAGUGGACAGACAAGAAAAGUAGUGGAAACAAAUAAACAAAAUAAAUACCCAGACUCUUAAAAAGAGAGUGAUUCAACCUGAUUGUAAACUAUUUCUUUAUUUUCAUUUGUGGAUCAGCAGAUGGCAGUGUUGUGCCACCAAACUAUAUGUCUGAUGCUGCCUUGUACAGUAAACCGUGUAUUUACAUUGAAUGAUCUCACAAAUCUACCUGUGAUCUGCAUUAUCUCCCUAAACCAGGGAAAUGGAAAUAAUUCAACACCAAUUGUCACUGUUUCAGACAUAAUUAUCUAAAUUAAAACACAGCAGACAGAGCAAAUUCAGCAUAAUACACAGCAUAUCAUUGUAUUUUCAUUAUUGUUGCAUUAAAGUGUACAUAAUUUCAAUGUCACA